AUGAGUUGGUUACGGCACGCAAGCCUCGCACUCUUUCCAGAAGAAUUCCGUGCCGAUCUCGAUGAACUACACCGAUACUUUCCUAGCCUGGCUAUCGUGGUACCAGGAGUAUUGUCCCAGGUAUCGGCAAAAAACGUCGGCUGGUUCUUCGCGACACUAGAGAGGACUGCCAUCAUUCUGACGGCUUUCCUAACACAGCAUCCGACUCCGGAGCAGAUCCAGCGUUACUGCAAAGACUUGGAGAACUACUUGGAAAUGGAAUGUCGUGAUUGUCCCGCACUCCGCGAGUUGGAUCUUAGAGAACUCGCCACGUUCUGCGAAGCAAAGCUCGAAGGUCGACGCCUUUCCGGCCCUCGAGCUUUCAGGGAAGUAUCUAGCUUGCGUCCACUGAAUAAUCGAGAAGCCUUUUGGAUUGUUUCAGCUUUCCUUGAGCCCGUGACAGUACAAGUGUUAAGUGCUAUGAGCCAAGCGCACAUACCUACGUGCCGCUCGAACAUGAGCUUCCGCGAGUUUGUCGAAGCAAGUCGGGGUUACAAGGAUGGGAUGUUGCACAGCACCAUAGAACUUCCCUUCACAUACCUAGGAGAUUCUGACGAUGAUGUCAAUUCGGACAUGGAUGACGAUCUUCAACCGACUGGCGAGCGUAUUCUGAUCGAGGAUUUCUGCAAACCAGUGCAGAGCGUUCCUGAGGGUGUCGCAUGCGCCGUAUGUAUGGUCGAUGUCCACGAAGACAACAAGAACGAAGAACGACCAGUGAUUACGAAGUGUGCUCACUACUUCCAUCAAGUCUGUCUAGACAGCUGGGUCAAUGAGUCAGCUAUGAACGGUGCGAACGCAUGCCCGCAAUGCCGUGCAGAGAUGUGUCAAGCUCGCGCACGUGAGCCGGUUUCACGGCUCGAGAAUGAGGGGCAGGAGGCCGAGAAUGACGACUUAAUCGACUCUAUGCAAGAGGAGGCAUUGGACGCCGAGUGUGAAAUCAAUCGCGAAAGCGGGUUGUUUUCGCGUCUGCGCAACCGGUUCCGCCGAAACUGA